GAUGAAUCCCAACUUACCAUAUUAUGGUUCCUGCAGUGUUCAUUAAGAGGCAUGCAAUUUCGGAAACUUGUGACUUAGGUUCAGUCACGUAGAUAUAUAUAUAUAUAUAUAUAUAGCGAGAGAGAGAGAGCCUGAUCAUUGGCCAGAAACUGAUCGAGAAUAAUCAAGUUAUACGGAGGGUGGUUUCGAGUGAGACUAUAUGUAAGCAAGUAAAAUAACAUGGUAACAGCAAGAAUCAGGAGAAUAGUGUCAUCACCUUGCUGGAGAUCAUCUCGUACUGAGGGUGAGAACAAUAAUAAUUCUAGUAAGAACGGGGAUGCCAAUGGUCGUGUCGAUGGAUUAUUGUGGUACAAGGAUUCUGGGAAACAUGUGAAUGGAGAAUUCUCGAUGGCUGUUGUUCAGGCCAAUCAUUUGCUGGAGGAUCAAAGCCAGCUUGAAUCAGGUUCAUUGAGCUCAUUUGAAGAAGAUGGUCCUCAAGGUACCUUCGUUGGGAUAUAUGAUGGCCAUGGAGGUCCUGAAGCUGCUGGCUUUGUCAAUGACAACCUUUUCAAGAACAUCAAGAGAUUUACUUCACAGAAUCAAGGGAUGUCGGAAGAAGUGAUAAAGAAAGCAUUUUUGGAAACAGAAGAGGAGUUUCUAAGCCAAGUGAAGGAGCAGUGGAUGAAGAAGCCACUGUUAGCGUCAGUGGGAUCUUGCUGUUUGAUAGGCAUCAUCUGUAACGGCAUGCUCUUCAUUGCAAAUGCAGGAGACUCUCGUGCUGUGUUGGGCAGACUCCACAAGGCACAUAAAGAAAUCAAAGCCAUUCAGUUAUCUUCUGAGCACAAUGUCAGCAUGGAAUCUGUCAGACACGAGUUGCGUUCCUCUCACCCACAUGAUCCUCACAUCGUUGUUCUCAAACACAGGGUCUGGCGUGUCAAGGGCAUCAUUCAGGUUUCGAGAUCCAUAGGAGAUGCAUAUCUAAAGAGGGCAGAGUUUAACAAAGAGCCUCUGAUGGCGAAAUUCAGAGUAGAAGAACCAUUUGAGAAGCCGAUCCUGAAGGCAGAACCAACAGUGCAUGUGCAGAAACACCACCCAGACGAUCGGUUCAUUAUAUUUGCAUCAGAUGGCUUGUGGGAACACUUGACCAAUCAAGAAGCUGUAGACAUUGUCUACAACUAUCCCCGCAAUGGAAUAGCUCGGAGGCUGGCGAAAGCGGCGAUGUGCGAGGCAGCAAAGAAGAGAGAGAUGAGAUACUCAGACUUGAAGAAGAUAGAGAGAGGAGUGAGGAGGCAUUUCCAUGACGACAUAACAGUGAUAGUCUUGUUUUUGGAUUCUCAUCUCACCAGUCGCUCCACUUGGCGUGGCUCCUGCCUUUCUCCCCGAUCACCUGCUCCUGCCUCCAAUAAUAAUGUUAAUGAUCGUUCUCAAUUCUGA